GCAAGAGCAUGCUUGUCAACUACCGCCAUGGCUCUUCCGGACGGUAUCCCGACAUCCGCCACCUUUGACGGCCCGACGCCCGAUCUCCCGCAAUCCCAGCCUCUGCCCGACCAUCCUACGUCUUUCCUCCUCUCUGACCUACGCACUGGCACAAAGCGAAAGCGGGACAGUAGCUCGUUGUCUACUCCCGCGAGCUUCGUAAAUGAUCACAGUAAUGCGAGGUUACGAAUAACUUCGGACAUUGAGGGGUGUUUUGGAGACCCGGGGGCUCGCGUUGGCGAGGAGGUGUGCGUGGACUGCGUCGUCGAUUGCGAUGACGUAGAUUGUCCGGCAUCUUGUGAAGAAAAAUGCACCGAGCAGUGUGUCGUGGUACCGUGCAACGACAAGAACGCAUGUGUAGACGCUUGUACAGAUGCUUGUAUUGAAGAAGUGUGCCCGGCUGAGCCUUGCACUGGAGGGGUGGAUUGUACAGCGUCGUUGGAUGACACAAUACAACUUUUAUGCUGCACCGACUUGCACAAUUAUUAUGUACCGACUGAGGCCAACGCGGCGGCGUGUCAGCUCAACUGGGACUGCACACUUGAUGCCUUUAACCAGAUGAACUUCCCAGGAUAUUCCCAGUUUCCUGAAUCCAAUCAGCAGCAGAUCACAAGUGCCCCUUCAAUCCCACAGGAAAUAUCUGGAAUAUCUUCUGAUUCUUCAAGUCCUCACAUCUCGUUUUCAGAUGAUAGCGCCUCGGGUAGGGGUAGCUCACUUGCCACCCCGAGUCAAACAGAGUUAUCUACGACUGCUGCCGCCACAGCUGUACAAUCACUUUCUCAGCAGCAGCAACAAACGUCAAAUGAAGAAUUUGCAUGUCGCUGGUUGAAUUGUAAUGCUUCUUUUGGGACUCUAAAUGAGUUGGUCGGACAUGUCAACCUUACGCACCUUCGUCCGACUGGUUCUUCCUCGCCACCACGCCCUGCGAAGAAGCUUUGUUUGGACACAGCAACGGCAGCGCAGGAGUUGUUUCCAUUGUCAUGCCAUUGGGAUGAUUGCCAUAUUUACCCUGACUCUUCGCUGUUGACUGGUCCGUCAAGUGGACUUCAGCCUGAGAUCGCGUUCGACCUGCUGUCUACUCAUUUCAUCCAUGAUCAUCUUGGGUUGUCUGUCCCGCCUCAGGUGUUGCCACAGCUUUUCCACCAGGACGCUGCGUUUUCCUCAACAUUACCUAACUCUAACUCUACGCAGUCUACGGAGCAUGCGACGCAAAUGAAUAACAUCAUUUCCUUGGCACCGAACGAUGUUCCUACGAGCGGGAAUAAUUCUCAGCUAGGGAAGGCAAUAGCACCAGUCGAACCCUCAUACGCCACUCCAGAACCAUCGCCACCACCAAGCAACACCGACACCUCCCAAACCACGCCUCACGACUGCGCCACCUCCUCACACAUCUGCCACUGGCUCAACUGCAAUCUCUCCUUCCCCACCUGCGCCUCCCUAACCUCCCACCUCGCAUCCGCACACGUCGGCAACGGUAAAGGCCGCUAUGACUGUUUUUGGGGUGAAUGUGGGAGGAGUGGUGAACAGGGGUUUACGAGUAAGCAGAAGAUUAUGCGGCAUUUGCAGGCGCAUACGGGGCAUAGACCUUACAUGUGUAAGGAGUGUGGACAGUGGUUUUCGGAGGCGGCGACUUUGCAGCAGCAUAUGAGGAGACAUACGCAAGAGAAACCGUUCGUAUGUGACUUCCCUGGGUGUGGAAAGGCGUUUGCGAUUACGGGUGCUCUGACGAUACAUAAAAGAACGCAUAACGGAGAAAGGCCAUUCCAAUGUCCGCACUGUGAUAGAGCUUUCGCGGAGUCGUCGAACCUCUCGAAACACCUUAGAACGCAUACAGGCGAUAGACCAUAUCGAUGUAAUGAACCCGGAUGCGGGAAGGCGUUUGCGAGGCCUGAUCAGUUACAGCGGCAUGGGAACGUACAUUCGAAGAAGAAAGCUGCUACUGCUGCUAGUGGAGUAGGAGCGGGUGAGGUUGUCGCUAGUGCGGGUACUCCCGCUACUGCUAUCGUGAAGAGUCCUGCGUAAGAAAUAGGAAAAGGAACAAGAAAGGAAAAAGAAAGGUAGAUAGGGAAAGGUGGUUGGCAGAGUCGGUGUAUGCGAGUUUGCUUUUUGAUUUUCAUAGUAGAAUAUGUGUUUGGUUGUCUUGAAUAGUGAAAAAAAGAAGACUUUUUGAGAGGGUCCUACGAUA